GCGGACCACAUCCCCGUUCCUCCAACGCUCAGAGCGGCGUGUCUCCCACUCUGCUCCAACCAUAGGCUUCAGCAAGCACACCUCGUAGACACUGAGCUACAGGAACCAGGCACUCUGGCACUCUAACCAUCAGACUGAUUCAGGAAAUUAAAGCACCAACUUGAAAUAUCACAUCUUACUAGCUGUGAAAAGACAUCAAAACAAGGAAGCUUACCUGACAGAGGUUUCCGUGUAGCUGCAUAAGAAAAACAGUUGCACAGCGUCUGUGUUAAAAAAGAUUUCCAGCAGUUUACGGUGAAGUGACGGCGUCAGCAUCCUGCUGUUCCCCAGUCAGCCACCCCGCAGUCUGUCACUCCAGCAGGUGAGCCUCAACCAUCCAUCAGAUCAAAUAAUUCCCAAUUACUGUCGUCACAUAAACUCAAGAGUUCAGACUUUCUGGUACGUUCCUGGUGAAGGACGUGAAUCGCGGCGAGGCAGCAGCAGACAGCCACCACCACCAUCCCCACCACUACCACCACUACCUCGUAACCAGCUACUCCUGCAGACAGUCCACAAGGAAGAGGGUGCGGCAUGGCGGUCAACGUGCUGGUGCCUCUCCUCAUUCCCUUGGGCGAGCAGCUCACCAACGUGACCAAGCUGGUGGGCAGCGACCCGGUGGAGUUCGAGCAGCCGGAGUAUGAGGUGACGGUUCCUGAGAACACCCGCGCUGACCACCUGCUGCGACUGUCUGCCAGGGUGCGGGCCCAAGGAGAAACGUUACAGUACAGGAUCAAUGAAGGUAAUGAGGAGGGCCUCUUCCACCUGGAUCCCUCCUCGGGCAGCCUUUCCCUCCUGCGGCCCCUUGAUUACGAGAUUCAGCAACAGUACGAGCUGGUGGUGGAGGCGCUUGCUGGUGAGGCGAGAGGUGAGGCUCGAGUCGUGGUGAAUGUAGACGACCAAAACGACCACGCCCCGGUAUUCCUGAGGGCGCUGCACGAGACCCAGAUCACGGAGGAGGACAACAGACACCUGCCCAAAGUUAUCCUGAAGCAAGUGACGGCGGUGGACAGGGACGCAGGUCGGUUUGGCAGGUUGGCCUACACCAUCUCCGGGGAUGGCAUGUUCACCAACGGGUCGCGGCCCUGCUUCUCCGUGGACGCCGCCUCGGGCACCGUGCUGCUCCUCAGGCCCCUGGACCGCGACCCUCCCCAUGGCCGGCCUCAGUGGCGCCUGCGGGUGACGGCCACGGACGGAGAGCUUGAGGCGCACACCGACAUCCGUGUUAACCUCAAGGACGCCAACGACAACGCGCCCUUCUUCCCUUCCCGCACCACCACCGCCACCGUCUCCGAGGACACGCCCCUCGGGUCGUCGGUGACGCGCGUGGUGGCCACGGACCACGACGACCCCCAGGAGGGAGACAACGCCAAGGUGACCUUCUCGCUGGAGAAGAACGCGAUCGACGAGUCGAGCGGCCGUCCCAUCUUCGCGAUCGACAGCGAGCUGGGCGUCAUCACCACGGCGCUGUGCUGCCUCGACCGGGAGAAGACCCAGCGCUACGUCAUCCAGGUGGUGGCGACCGACGGCGGCGGCCUCAAGGGCACGGGAACGGUGGUGGUGGACGUGGACGACGUGAACGACGUGCCUCCGAGGUUCUCACGGCCCGAGUGGACGCUGGACGUGUCUGAGAGCCUUGACCCCGACAACGUGCUGGCCACACUCACCGUCGUGGACCAGGACGUUACCAAUGACUUCGCCUAUAGGGUGGUGCCGGGCAGCGGGCGGGGCUGGCAAAUGUUCCACGUGGAGGGCGCGCCAGGAGCGUUGCCGGGUGGAAAUCUUCGGUCAGUGGAGCUGCUGGACUACGAGGAUGCCGACCACCGGGAGGGCUUCCACUUCAGGGUUCAGGUGACGGACCUGGGGGAGGAAGGAUGGGGGCGGAAGGAACACGUGGCCGAAACCAAGGUGCGGCUAAGUCUGGUGGAUGAGAACGACAAUGAUCCAGUGUUCAGUGAGGACGCCAUCUAUCUGACGCUGCCCGAGGACACCCCGCGGGGCUCCCUCCUGGCCUCCUUCAUCGCCCUCGAUCCUGACAACGGUGGAGAAAGCCGGGUCCGCUAUCAGGUGGCCCCGGACAGCGAUCCCGGCCACCAGUUUGCCGUAGACGAGACUGGGACUGUGCGUCUGGUGGGUAAUCUGGACCGGGAGACCGCGGACACUCAUAAUGCCUUAGUGUGGGCGGUGGACGAUGGGUCGCCGCCACGGACUGCCACUGCCACCCUCGCUAUCAACGUGACAGACGUGAACGACAACCCGCCGUUCCUGUCUGAACCUCGCGAGGUGCAGGUGAUGGAGAACAGCCAGGCACAGCUGGUGGCGCGGGUCAAGCUGGGUGACCCCGACGACUGGCGGCAGGGUCACGGGCCGCCCUUCACCAUCUCCCUGGACCCCCGCGCGCCGCCCCACGUCACCGACAGCAUCAGAGUCACGCUGGACAGGAGAGGGGACGACGGCCGGGGCGUGGGCGUGGUGUGGACGCGGGCAGCUCUGGACCGAGAGGAGCGUCCCGCCCUGCUAGUGCCCCUGGUGGUGGGCGACGCCGGGUGGCCGUCCCUCACCGCCACCGUCACCCUCACCCUGCACGUGGCCGACGUCAACGACAACCCUAUGGCGCCCGCCGCCAAGACCGUCACCGUGCACACCAUGCAGCGGCAGGGAGCGGCAGUGCCCUUGGGGCGUGUCUACGUGCAGGAUCCAGACGACUGGGACGCAGCGUCAAAAACCUACGCCUGGAGGGCCCCUCAGGCUGGCUUCUUCCUGGACACUUCCAGCGGCCACUUGUCCAUGGCGCCCUCCACGCCAGACGGCCGCAGGUACCACCUUUCAUUCGUGGUGAGUGACAGUAGCCAAGGACAGGAUGAUGUGGAAGCCAACGUGACGGUCCAAGUAAAAUCACUCCAGCCAAGCGAGAUAACCCACACCACGCCGCUCACACUGGCAGCAGACACUGACGCUGUUGUGAGACCAGAUGCCAAGGGUGGGCCUUCAGUUCUGAGUCGCCUGGUGGGUGCAGCGCGCACGUGGGCUGGCGGAGGUGGAGUGGUGCAGGUGCUAUCAGUGCAGCCUGUGGAGGGAAGGAAUCCCGCAACACGCAUUUGGCUAUCUGCUGCUGGAAUUGCCAACUUUGACUACAUUUUACUAUAUCACAAAAAUGAGCUGAGUUCAACACUAGGAGUCAACGUGCAGGAUGUGGGUGUGGUCCCCUGCCAUGAACCCUCGGCCAUCACGCCAGUCACUGUGGCGGAGGAGAGGUGUGUGGGUGGCUGCUGGGUUGGCCUUGCAGAUGACUUCAGUGUGGUGGACGCUAAUUCUUCUGCGGUGGUGGGGCCGCUGGUGGUGGUGCAGGGACCCUGUGGGUGCACAAGCUCCACCACACCUAUCCGAGCCAGCAUGUGCACCCCUGACACUUGCCUCAAUGGUGGCAGGUGCCUCAGUACAUCCUCAGGCACUAGGUGUAUCUGCCCUCAUGGCACCUUAGGCUCUCAAUGUAAGGUGUUGUCCAGACACUUCCAAGGCACUGGAGGCAGGCAUGAUGGGAGUACUGGUCCUGCACAAGAUGGGGCAUGGGCGUGGGUGCCACCUAUCCCACCCUGUGCUGAGGUGCAUUUGAGCUUAGAAGUGUUGAGCACAGUGAGAGCAGCUGCACUGCUUUACUCUGGACCAGACCAGGACACCGAACCAGGCAGCCGUGACUUGUUGCUGCUGGAGCUGCGUGAGGGACAACCGGUGCUGCUGCUGGACCUGGGUGGCGGCCCCAUCACCCUCACCCUCAACUCCUCCUCCUCCCUAGCUGACAACACGUGGCACAGGAUAGACCUUAUCUGGAAGCAUGAGAUGGUGGAAAUGAUUGUGGACCUGUGUGUGGGUGAUAGCUGGGAUGAGCUGCCAAUGCCUUCUCUCACUCAGAACCACACACUAACCCCCCUCCUUCCUGAUGGCCACACAUGUCACGGCACUACCAGGCUGCCGCAUAAUGCUCGUGUCCUCAACACCAGGGGGGUGCUUCAGGUGGGUGGGCUGGUGCAUCCUUUGCCUCCCUUGAUGGCAGAAGGGAAUUCAGUGCUGCCCCAUCCUCCACAUUUUCAAGGUUGUAUCAGAAAUCUUAGAGUAAAUGGAAAGCUGGUGGACCUGGGUGACAGAGUCCUCAGCAAGGCAAGUAGUCCAGGAUGUCCUGCCACAGAAUGCAGGGCUAACCUCCUCCAGUGUGGGGUCCAUGGCAGGUGCCAAGGAUCACCUAGUUCACUGCAGUGUGAGUGCCAUCCAGGAUGGAGCGGCCCAGGCUGUGACUUGCCAACCAUACCAGCCACCUUCUUCCCCAACAGUUAUGUCAAGGUGGCUCUGUCCUUCUCACCACUGGCCUACACCACCUCCAUCUCCCUCAGGUUCCGCACCCUGAAGAGUAGGGGUGAGCUGGUGGUGCUAUCCUCACAGCAUGGGCGGGACAGCUGGUCUGUACAGCUAGUAGGAGGGCACCUGUGUGCAGUGCUGCACCUACAAUCCAAAACCACCACCACUCUGUGCCUCUCACGAGUCUCCCUCGCUGAUGGUCACUGGCACUCCCUCACUGCCACCAGGUAUGGCUCGUCAACUUUCCUGGAAGUGGACGACGGGGACGGUGACCUGUACAAUGCCUCGCUGGUGCUGAAGGGAGAGCACCUGCUGGAUGUGGACAAGCAGGAAGGCAUCCGUGUGGGUGGAUCUCCAUACUAUCAAGAAAAAGGAGUCCUUAAAAUCCACAAUGACUACUUUGAUGGCUGCAUUGAUGACCUGCGCAUCUCAGGUCUUAGUGCACCACUUCCUCCAGCUGUCAACAGCACACCCUGGGGCCAGGCAAGCGUCUUCAAGGGUGUAGAGCAAGGCUGCAUUGCACCAUCAGCAUGCACCAAUGUGUCCUGCAGACCACCACUCUCUUGCAUUGAUACCUGGAGGUCCUACCAGUGUGGUUGUGGUGAGGGCCGUGUGCUGAGCCGGAGUCGUGUGACAUGUGAGGAUGAGGAUGAGUGUGCAUGGCAGCCAUGUCUUAGUGGAGGUUCCUGCUUCAACACUCAGCCAGGCUACGUGUGCUCCUGUCCAGCGGGGUUCAGUGGACAACACUGCCAGCUGCCUGAGGUGGGCCAGACCUCCCUCAAGUUGCCCAUGGGUGUCCUGGUCACCAUUGUUGUUUGGUGUAUCUUCCUCAUCUUACUGGUGUGUGCAUUCCUGCUCCAUCAACACCACCGUCGUGCUGCUCUGCGCAGGGGGAUGGCUGAUGCCAAGGAUAAUGCCAUGGACUGUAAGGGCCACGUGGCACCACCAUGCAGCCACACACCCAACUUACUGGAGAUGCAGCUGCUGAAGCCACCCAGGGCAAAUGGCCAGCCUGCCUGGACCAGGAACCCCAACAUUGCAGAUGUAGAUGUGCUGCAAGUGGAUGCUGUGACUCCAGAGAGCAGUGGAGAGGAGCUGGAUGGGGACAGGAGGCAAGUCUCCCCGCCACCAUCACGGGGCAGCAGUUACCAGGGCAUGUCAAGCAGGAGGACGAGUAAGGGAGGACCUGGCAGCACUCCCCCUGCAGGAGAUGAUCUGAGAAAUUAUGCUUAUGAAGGUGAUGGCUCUUCCCCAGGGUCACUAUCUUCCUGUCUAGAGAACUGCAGUGGGAGUGCAAAAUUUCUUGGAGGUUUCCGGGAAGUUGCUCACAUGGUGGAGUCCUGACACGUGGGGACCCCCUCCUGUGGGGGAUCCUUGGAUGUGGUGUCUGACAGGACUUCUGUUACGGCACCACACAGCCCACCCAUUGCCACCAUCAUGCAUUGCUCUCACCUGUCCCUCAGUGCAGAAACCCGCUCGAUGACCCCGUCCUUGUGCUAUUCAAAAACAGAGGUGGAAUAAUGUGUGUAGUUAUCAUCCUUUCAUUUCUGAAAGGGACUGGAAAGACAUUUGUGUGAUGAAAGGUGGCAUAAGUGUUUAGAACACCACUGACCUGGUGUUCACCAACAUAACUUUGCUGACCACUGACCAGUAAAACAGUGUAAUGUCAUUUAUAUUUUUGUGAAACAAAACACGUGUAUAAAGUCUGAAAAACAAACAUGUAAUUUGUUUGUACAUGUGAAGAUUAUUAAAAUGUGCAUAUGUAUAUUUAUAUUACCAGGUCUAAGGAUUCUUUUCAUAUCAACUUCAGAUUUUACAUGAUUUAUAACCUCAUGAUGAGGGCCUUUCAUGCUGCAUCUUCCUAGCUCUUAGAUGCAUUUUCCAUUUUUCUAAGUCAUUUGUGAAAAUUAUAAAUAUAUGUAUAUACAAUGUUGUUAA